AUGUGGGGUUGCCUGGGCCUCCUUCUGGUGUCAGCUCUCUUCCCCGUCAGGGGAGCGGCUGCUGAGCGCUGCCCACGGAUCUGCAUCUGCGAUAACAUAAAGCACCACGUCAUGUGUCUGAACAAGAACCUCACGGAGGUGCCCAUCACCAUCCCACAGGUCACCCAAAAAUUGGAUCUCCGGGGCAACAACAUAAAAGUCAUCCCUGGAGGAGCUUUCCUCCCUAUCCCAUACCUCACCCACUUAAACCUGCAGCGAUGCAAUGUGGCAAGUAUUGAGGAAGGGGCUUUCAGGGGACUAGGACGACUGAUCUACCUCAACCUGGCUUCCAACAAUAUAGCCUUCAUCUACCAGGAGUCCCUGGAUGGGCUGUCUUCUCUUCAGCAGCUCAUCCUGGAGAAGAACCGCAUAGAAGAGAUAAAGCCAGGGGCUUUCAGCCAACUGGGCUUCCUCAACUUCCUCAACCUUGGCGAGAACUUCCUGGUCUACCUGCCCGAUAUGGUCUUCCAGGGCCUGCAGCUGAUCAAGUGGCUCCGCCUGUCCCAUAAUGCACUUCAUGUCAUAGCCACGGAGGCCUUUGCUGGGUUGCCGACCCUGAGGAGGUUGAGCCUGGACCACAACGAACUGCAGUCCCUGCCCACAGAGGCCCUGUCAAGGCUGUCGGGUACCACACGGCUGGACCUGGGACACAACCCUGUCACGUACAUCAGCGAGGAGGCCAUUGAGAUGGCUUCACUGAAGCAGCUGUUCUUGGACAACAUGGCCCUGCAGGAUGUCUCACACAAAGCCUUUGUGAAGAGCCCCCUGCUGCACACAGUCGACCUCCACAAUAACCAGCUGCAGGUGCUGCAGCCGCUGACAGAAGCCGCUCACCUGAAGAAAAUCAACUUAACAGGGAACCCCAUGGUUUGCACGUGCUACAUGCGACCCUUCAAGGAGUGGACGGAGAAAGCGAGGGUCCAGACCGAUGUGCCAUGUGCAGGCCCUGGCGCCUUCAGAGGUGAGCAGCUGGAGUCACUGAGGUCCAUUGAUAUGAAAUGUGGGGGCCCUGCCCCGGACGAGAAGCGGCUCCCCAGCCCAGUCACCCCCAGGAGGGAGCCAGAGGGAGAUGCUAAGAUAAGGUGUCCAAAAGUCUGUGCCUGCUCCCCUGAUUUCCAACACAGCAACUGCGAGAACAGAGGCCUCCGGAAGAUCCCCAAGGGGUUCCCAGGCAACACUCAGCUGCUGGACCUGCGCCAGAACGAGUUCCACUCCAUACCCAAGGGAUCCUUCCCUGGCUUGAAGAAGCUGGUCUCGCUCCAUCUGCAAAGCUGCAAGAUCGCGGAGCUGCAGCCGGGGGCCUUCCAGGGCUUAAAGAAGCUGGUCUACCUCUACCUGUCUAACAACAACAUUGCUGCCAUAGAUGCUGCUGCCUUUGGUGGGGCCCCCCUGCUCAGCUACCUGUACCUGGACCACAAUGGGUUCACUCGGAUGCCCACGGGGGCCUUCAGCCUCCUGCCCAACCUCUUCUCCCUCCACUUGCAGCAUAACUCCAUCAGCCAGCUGUCAGACAAUGACCUGGCUGGGGCAGGGCAGCUACGCUGGGUCUACCUAAGCGGGAACCGCAUCACUCGUGUGUCCCCCAGGGCCCUGAGCCCCGCCAAGAUGCUAGAGAAGCUGCACCUGGAUGAGAACCUAUUGCAGGAAGUGCCCACCGGGUCCCUCAGGGGUUUGCCUGUCCUUAGUGAGCUGAAGCUGUCCAAGAAUCCCAUCAAGUCUAUUGGGGACGGAGCCUUCCUCCCUGUAGCCAGGUCCCUGCUGCACCUGUAUCUGGAUAAUAUGGGGCUAGAACAGCUUUCCUCAAGGGCCUUUGCUGGUCUGGGUCCCAGGAUGAAGAGUCUGUACCUGGACAACAACAACAUGUAUAACGUGCCUGACUUGCGCAGCUUCACAGGGCUGGAGGUCAUCAACCUGAGAGACAUCCCUUUCCACUGUGACUGCCAGCUCCUCCCACUGCGCAGAUGGAUUGACAAACUGAACUUGCGCGUGGGAGCCACCUGUGGGUCCCCAGCAGAAGUCCGCGGGCAGAAGGUGAAGCUUUCUGCUGUCUUCAAAAGCUGCCCAGGCUGGGGUAUGGAGAAAGGCAGAAGAGCUCAUCCAGACAAAGUCAAGGCCAAAAUCAAAGCAGAAAGAAGCCCCAGCAAGGAAAAGAGGUCAGGAAAAGCACAAGCCAGAGGCACCAAGAAGAACAAAGCGUAAGAGGGAGUGGCCCUGCUGCAGCUGCUGAAGUGUCUUAUCAGCAGUGUGUGGCUGUGGAUGCACUUGACCAGCUAGUAGGAAGCAGCUUAGUGAGAGAGAAGCUUUAAUGGGCUUUCAUCCACGUUGCAGUGAGAUUUCCAUUGCACAGCGGAAAGGAGCAGACCUGACCGUAGCUCUGGGAGACCGAGCUCUGGGGUUCUGGUGGGAUGGGGGCUGGAAGGGCAGUGUGUGUUGCAGGGGAGGGAAUUCAAAGAGGAAAUCGCAUUGAGAGGAAAAAGCAGAUGUGAGAGUUCCUUCUGACAAUCCCAUGGUGCUUUUCCCCUCCUGCUCCCCCGCUUCUGUGCCAAAUCAUAGCUUGAACAAUUCCAUUUUGUCUCCCUAAGUUCCUCUUGCGGUUUCAGUGGAACAUGUUAUUGUUCUCUUCCUGCCCUAAAGCGCUGUGUCGUGCUGCUGUGCAUUAUGUUUCACCCCUGAGGUGGCUGAUCUUUAGUGGUGGGGGAACAAUCUGCUGUCCCCAGGCAGGGUUUCAUGUCACUUCUGAUUCAGUGGCCAGCUACCUGCUGUGGAAUGCAGCCCUUGCUGCAGAAUUGGAGCUUCCAACCAAAACCUAUACAUUUCUAGCCCACCUGGUUGAUCAGGUAACACUGGAAACACAAAGCAAGUGUAACACAUGCUGAAUUAACUUGGUGAGUCUGCAGAGACCCUGAAACAAUAACUGUGUGGGGGGAGGGGGGACACCCCACUGAUCUCAAUGGAGCGUCAGGUCUCAAACCUCCUGAUGAAUAUUGAAAUGCCAACAUUGCUAACUGUCCACUGCUGAUGGUUUCAGAAGAAAAGUCCAGUAAAUGUACAUAUCCCACAAUCCCCAACCACCCUCUGUACCUUCCCAGGUGUCAACAGCUCCAAUUGUCUUCCUGCCCAAGUUCCCAGAUCUCUCCCUCACACUGCCACCCAGCAGGUCUGCGUCAUUAAUACAAAUAUCGCCAGCAAAUUGAAAAUUCAUGGAUUUAAACCUCAAAAUAAACAGCAUGGGGGCUACUGUACUGAGUAUUUAUUUUUGUUCAGUAAAGCCCCUAUUUUAUUUUACAUGAAGGGGCUGCAGAAUCUCCCAUCUCUCCAGAAAAAAGGAAGCCACACUGCAGCACAUAGGUCCUGCUCACAGCGCACUGGCUGGUGCCUGGUCUACAUUGAGUGAGGUGGCAAUGCUCUCUGUAGCCCUGCAGGGAAGAAAGGCUCUAUAGCCAAUGGGAUUAGCUACAUGUUGUUGGAAAAGCUACAUUUACCCAUAAUAUAUGUAUCACUGAUCCUUUCCAAGGCUGGCAGCAGUUUGAUGUAUUCAGCGCCUCCCCUUCUGCCCCCUCCUAUUUCAAAACACAUUUAAAGACAGUGAAAGACUAUAAGGGCUGGUGUCAUCUAGUUUCUUCUUAGACGGGGUGUGUUAUCCACAAUCCUUUGCAAUGGCAAACCCAUCACCAAAUUUCACGUAUUGUUUCAACACCUAGGGCCAGACCUUUGGCUGGUUUAUAUUGGUGUAGCUGCCCUUGAGCUAUACUGAUUUACACUGGCUGAGAAUUUGGCCUCUAGACUUUGUUCCUGCAGACUGAGAUGUUCUAGGGAACCAGAGAAGGUACUGAUCAGUUACAAGGAAUUCUGCAGGGACCUAAACUACUUAGUGAUCUCUGUUUGCCUUUGGCCAUGCAAGAAUCACAGGGAGGAGGCAGAGAGCUGCUCAGGACAGCAAAAGCAUUUCACAUCUGUUUGUGUAAGUGACUCGAGGCUGUGUGUGUGUGUUCAUUUUCUAGUUCACUUACAGCAGCAGAAUGCUUAGAGCCUACACCAUAUGGAUGUAGUAUUCUGCAAGAGAGUGGCAGGAAAGGACUGGCUUUGUCCUUCCCCAGCACUUCAGUGAAUCCUGUCCCUUCAGUAUCACAUGCUGCCUGGGCUCUCUGGAUUGCUGUGAACAGGUGGUGAGGAGAAAUGGCAGGUGUGUUACCCCAGAGGACCUGCUCCAGCCCCUUUGCUCACAGCUAAUAUUCCAGUUAGGAGAAAAAACAAACCUGAAUAUACGCUUCCCCUGGGGCUUCACACCUCUGCAGCCCCAACAAGCAGUGCUCAAUCCAGCAUAUUUGUCGAUUACAGUAUGAGAGGCUGGUGCCUGAAUGCAGCAUGACCAAUAAAAUACAUCUGCCAUGCCUGGCACCCUUUCCAAUGGAGUGCGGGGGAGGAGAUGGAGAACCUUUUUCUUACACUAUAGGCUGUCUAGACUUGGGAAAUAGGUCAUGUUUUGAAAAUAUCUUUCAGUCACAACCUUUAUUUCUAGUGUACGCAGGGCCUAAGUCAGGCUGCAGGGUCCUGCCAUUCCAACCACUGCUUCCUGUAGCAGACACUGAACAGCCAGCUUGUGAGGGCACAAGGAACAGCAAAACCGUCCAAAAUGCUCUGCCUCCAGAGCCUUAGAGAUGAUGCAACAGCAUCUAAGGACUUUAAGUGGAAAUGAAAAUCAUGUUGAAACAGUAUUCUCCAUUAUCUUAUUCUCCUGUAUCAUAUACUUAAGUGACAUGAGAGCAAACACAGUUAUGUGUA